UUAUUAAUGAGGUUUAUAUCAGAAACAGUUUCAUCAGUUAAUAUUUUUAUUUACAGUUUAUUGACAGGCUCAUGUUUGGUUUGAGAAUCAAUAAUUAAUCAAUAAUCCGUUUCCUCAGUCUCGGAGUCCGCAGCAGGUCGUCGGUUCUAUUCCCUGCGGACGAGCCAGGCACUGCUGCCGAGGAGCGUCAGAAAAGCCUCCCGGCGCCGUGCGGAGCGGAGCGGGGCGGGGUCUCUGUCGGACCUGUUGUGUGGCUCUCGGUGCGGAUUGUUCAGGAUUGUGACUCUGCCGGACGCUCUGCGGAUUUCUGGAAGUUUCUCCGGGCGGGUCGAACUCCUGCGGACCGCGGAGCAGCCUGCCGAGCUCAGGAAACGUCCUCCUGAUGAAGAAGGUUCCUCCUCGCUGCAGCUGGUUUCCUCGUCAGGUAAAGAGGAGCUGCCAUGUUGGCCUCCUCCAUCCCCCUAUCACUCCUCCUCCUCCUCCUUCCCCCUUCCUCCCUCUCUGCUGAUGUCACUGCGACCUCCGACCCCUCGGUGCGAUGGGUGGAGCUUCACGGCGCCCCCCUCUCUCACCUGCUGCAGGACGCGGGGGCAGAGCGUCUGUAUGUGGGCGGGGUCGACCACUUGUACCAGCUGACGUCCAACCUGGAGGUGACAGCUCACGUCAGGACUGGCCCCCACCUGGACUCCCCCGACUGCCUCCCCCCGAUUGUCCCCCAGGACUGCCCCUCAGCCACACCCACUCACAACUACAACAAACUGCUGCUGAUGGAGGUGGGGCAGGGGGCGGAGCCAGGCAGUCUGAUCGUCUGUGGUUCGCUCUACCAGGGCAUCUGUGAUAAAAGGAGUCUGUCCAACAUUUCUCAGCUCAUCUAUCAGACAUCCAACCCUGUCGACACCCAGUAUGUCGCCGCCAACGACCCCCGAGUCUCCACCGUCGGUGUGGUGAUAACCGUGGAGAACAAACAGGAAGUGAUGCAUCUGAUGCUGGUGGGUCGAGGUUACACCAGUAAGGGUCCCGGUGACAUCCCACCAAUCACAACGCGGCGUCUGUUCCCGGUGGUCCCGCCUCGCCGGGCCUUCUCUCAGGAGGAGGAGCUGGGGAAACUCGUGGUGGGAAGUUAUUCCGAGUACAACAACCACUUUGUGAAGGCUGUCGCCCACGGCGAUCAUGUCUACUUUCUGUUCUCGAGGCGGGACAUGUGGCACAAGAAGGAAUACCGGACCUACGCCUCGCGGCUCUGCGCCUCUGACCGCAGCUUCUACUCAUAUGUGGAGGUGCCACUGCUUUGCCAGGGCGGGUACAACCUGGCCCAGGGGGCGUGGUUAGGGAACCGCUCAGGUGAACCCACCCUGUUCGUUGUCAUGUCGGCAGGGCAGGCGUCCACACCCGUGGCGACGGGUCGGUCGGCGCUGUGCAUUUACGGGAUGGCAGAGCUGGACACCAUGCUGCGGCAGGCACAGGAAGUGUGUUACACAGAGGGAGGAAGAGGAAGCAGCGGACAGGAAGAGGCCUACAUCGAGUAUGCCGUGUCAUCAAAGUGUCUCCGACUGCCAAAGGUCUCUCUCUCUGAGUAUCCCUGUGGAGGGGAACACACCCCCAACCCCAUCGCCAGCGCUGUGCCACUCCAAGCCACGCCCACCUUCACCUCCACCACCCAGCUGACCGCCGUCAUCACGGCAACAGAGGCGGGACACACCAUUGCCUUCCUGGGAGACCGAGAGGGACGACUGCACAAGGUGUUGGUGCGUCCUGAUAGGUCAGGUGACCUGUAUGGCAGCGUGUCAGUGGACAGCAGCACCGUAGUCAGUGCCGACCUCCUAAUGGACGACAGCAUUUAUGUUUUAACAUACAGCAGGCUGUCGAAGGUUCCUGUGUCGUCAUGUGAGAGACAGACAGACUGUCAGUCCUGUCUCACCCUCAGAGACCCAUACUGUGGCUGGUGUGUCCUGGAGGGAAGGUGUUCUCGUAAACAUCAGUGUCAGCGUCACCUUCAGUCCAAUCACUGGCUCUGGAGCUUCGAACCAACCAAUCGGUGUGUGACAGUACAGAGCCUGCAGCCGGCCAAUCAGAGCAAAGAUGAGCAGACACAGGUAACACUGUCGGUCGUCCAGCUUCCCGUCCUCACCGAGUCCGAGUCUCUGUCCUGCGUCUUUGGUCUCCUCCCCCCUCAGCCCACCAUCGUCAUGGGAACCAGCAUCACCUGUCAAUCACCUGCACCGGAACUCCUCCCACCCAUCCCCACAGGAAGCGAUCACAUGAUCCUGCCCGUGUCACUGAGGUUCGGUCACGUGACCAUCACCACAGGAAACAUGACGUUCUACGACUGCGGAGCCGUGAGUCGCCUGAAGCAGAGCUCGCAGUGUCUGUCCUGUGUCAGCAGUGUGUGGAGCUGUAACUGGUGUCCUCUGGAUCAACUCUGUACUCACAACCACAGCUGCCCCAACCAACACAUCAUCCUCAACCAGAGAGACUCUCUUGGUCCCACUUCCUGUCCUCUGGUCUUCUCGCUGCAGAGUUCUGCCUUAGUGCCGAUGGGCCUGAGCACCACUGUGGUUUUACAGGGACGAAACCUGGACGUGUACACUGACGGAGCUCAGUACGUCUGUGUCGUGGAAAUCCAGGGAGUCCAGGUGAACCUGACGGCUGCUGUGGAGAGAACACCUGACAACACACACACCUUCACCUGCAGCCCUCACCAGUUUCAGUAUGCUGUCAGUCAGCUCCAGUAUUCUGCUCCUGUUUACCUGCGCAGAGGAGAGAGACGCAUAGAUGCCUCACCUGGCCUCCGACUCCAGUUGUACGACUGCUCAGCCGGCCAAUCAGAUUGCUCACAGUGCAGGGCGGUACCUGAGGAGUACGGCUGUGUGUGGUGUGUGGGAAGCUCCGCCCCCAGCUGCGUUUACAACCUGUCAUGUACCAGCACACCUGCAGACACCUGCCCUCCUCCUCAGAUCACACAGGUGUUACCUGUGUCUGGUCCUCUGGAGGGUGGAGUCUUAGUGACAAUCACAGGGUCAAACCUGGGCAUGAGGUACCAGGAUGUAGUGGGCGGAGUCACAGUGGCAGGUGUUCAGUGUCUGCCUCAACCUGAGGGAUACCUGAUCUCCACCAGGGUUGUGUGUGAGCUGCAGCCCAGUGGGAAGCAGAGGGAGGGACCUGUCCUGGUUACCGUGGGAACGACCCCACCUGGGAGGUCAACACAGAUCUUCACCUAUCAGGACCCUCAGCUCCUGGACCUGGUUCCUGAUAAAGGUCCAGUCUCUGGAGGAACCAGACUGACCAUCAGAGGCCGACAGCUGCUGACGGGUCAGAGCUCCGACCUGAGCGCCUUCCUGGGCCCCCGGCCCUGCUACAUAGUGGAGGAGGUAAACGACACCCAGUUGGUUUGUCAGACUGGAUCCAGUUCUCGGACUGGGGGGGUCACAGUUCGGGUUUUGUUCGGUAAAGCCGAGCGGACCGUUCCUAACGUCACCUUCCGUUACCUUGACGACCCUGUCAUCACCGACGCCGUGCCCGCUGAGAGUUUCUAUGCAGGGGGGCGUGUCAUCAUGGUGAUGGGCAGGAACCUGGACGUGGUGCAGCAGCCAAUCAUAUCGGUGUGGGUGGAGCCUGUGGAGGUGCAGAGGGUGAAGCGGAGAAGACGAUUGGCUCUUCUCAUGGCCAAACAGCAGCUGGUCUUCAAUAGCUCCAUGACAACGGUGUCGGAGCGGUGUUCUGUCCUGUCGUCCUCUCAGAUGACCUGUCCGACUCCCACGGUGGCUCCAGAGGUCAAAGUUAAAGGCGUCUGGUUUCAGCUGGACAACGUCAGAGUUCACUACGAGACCAUCAAGGGUAAAAGCUUCACCUACUAUCCAAACCCAGAGUUUUUCCCUCUGAAUCGAGAAGCUCCAGAUUCUCCGUACCGUUUCAAACCUGGAGGAGUGAUUGCUGUGGAGGGUCAGGACCUGACCAGAGCCAUGUCCAGACAGGAAGUGACGGCUCGACUCGGAGAUCAGGAGUGUGAGGUGAAAACUCUGGACAACACUCACCUGUACUGUGAACCUCCAGAGAUCCAACCAAUGAGUGUGGACAACAGUAACGAGCUGCCCAGCCUCAAGGUGUUUAUGGGGAACCUGCAGGUGAACCUGGGCCUGGUUCAGUAUGACAGUGACUCUCUGCUGUCUCCCGUCCCAUUGGCUGCUCAAAUUGGUUUGGGGGCGGGAGCAGCUGUAAUCAUCCUUUCAGUGUUGGUUGUGAUCCUGAUGUACAGGAGGAAGAGUAAACAGGCUCUCAGAGAUUAUAAGAAGGUUUUGCUGCAGUUGGAAACUCUGGAGAUCAACGUUGGAGAUCAGUGUCGCAAAGAGUUCACAGACCUGAUGACAGAGAUGAUGGACCUGAGUAGUGAUGUUGGAGGACCAGGACUCCCCCUGCUGGACUAUAGGACGUAUGCUGAGAGAGUCUUCUUCCCUGGCCAGCAGACAGCGCCGCUGAGCCGCCAGCUGGACCUGCCAGAGUCCAGGAGGCAGACGGUGGAGCAGGGUCUGCAGCAGCUUAACAACCUGCUCAACAACAGACUCUUCCUCACCAGGUUCAUCCACACCCUGGAGGCCCAGCAGGGUUUCUCUCAGAGGGACCGGGGCUACGUCGCCAGUCUGCUCACCAUGGCCCUUCACGACAAACUGGAGUACUUCACUGAGGUCAUGAAGAGUCUGCUCCAGGACCUGGUCCAGCAGUACGUCGCCAAGAACCCCAAACUCAUGCUGCGCCGGACAGAGACAGUUGUAGAGAAGAUGUUGACCAAUUGGAUGUCGAUCUGCCUUUACUCCUUCCUCAAGGAGGUGGCGGGGGAACCUCUCUACAUGCUCUACAGAGCCAUAAAGUAUCAGGUGGAUAAAGGUCCGGUCGACGCUGUGACAGGAAAAGCCAAACGAACCCUGAAUGACAGCCACCUGCUGCGAGAGGACAUCGACUACUGCGCUAUGACUCUGACGGUCUUGGUGAAGAACGGGGUCGAGGUUCAGCCGUGUCCUGUUAAAGUUCUUGACACCGACACAAUCACACAGGUGAAGGAUAAGAUCCUGGAUCAGGUCUACAGGGGAGCUCCAUUCUCUCAGAGACCAGCAGCUGAUAGUCUGGACCUGGAGUGGCGUUCAGGUCAGGCUGGUCACCUGACCCUGUCAGAUGAUGAUGUCACAGCAGUGGUUCAGGGUCGCUGGAAACGCAUCAACACGCUGCAGCACUAUAAGGUUCCAGAUGGUGCCACAGUUGCUCUGAUUCCUCGCUCUCAGAGUUCAGGAGGAGUCGGAGUCAAUCAGGUUUUCCAGACCGGAGAGAAAACGCCAAUGCUGGAGGGCGAGGAGGAGGAGGGUCUGCGUCUGUGGCACCUGGUGAAGAGCAGUGAAGAUCCUGAAAUACCAAAACACAGGAAGAGCAGCAUGAGGGAGAGAGAGAGGGCCAAGGCCAUACCUGAGAUUUACCUGACCAGACUGCUGUCCAUGAAGGGGACGCUGCAGAAGUUCGUGGACGACGUCUUCGUGGCGAUCCUCAAUACAAAGCGUCCUCCUCCAAUCGCCGUCAGAUUCUUCUUUGACUUCCUGGACGACAUGGCAGAGAAACACGGCAUUGACGACCCCGAGACCGUCCACAUCUGGAAGACCAACAGUCUCCCUCUCAGGUUCUGGGUGAACAUCCUGAAAAACCCUCAGUUUGUUCUGGACGUUCAGGUGACCGACAGCAUCGACGCUGUCCUGUCCGUCAUCGCUCAGACCUUCAUCGACUCCUGCACCACGUCUGAGCACAAAGUGGGACGGGACUCUCCUGUCAAUAAACUGCUGUAUGCCAGAGAGAUCCCCCGAUACAAGCAGCUGGUGGAAAGGUAUUACAGUGAUAUCCACAGUGCUGCGUCAGGCUGUUAUCAGGAGAUGAACUCCACCCUGACUGAACUGUCUGGGAGCUUCGCCUCAGAGAUGAACAACCUUGUUGCUCUGCAUGAACUCUACAAGUACAUCAACAAAUACUACGACCAGAUCAUCAUGUCCCUGGAGGAGGACAGUUCAGGUCAGAAGAUGCAGUUGGCCUAUCGGCUGCAGCAGGUCGCCGCCCUGGUGGAGAACAAAGUCACUGAUCUCUGAUGACCUCUGACCCCAUCAGCCUACCCACAGGAAGCAGUUACCUCUGACCUCUGUCCCCUAGACGGAGACAGAGCCUCACUGAGGAAGAGGAUGAAGCUUCUUCAUCAGCUCUGAGAAAAUCACUGGACUCUGUUAACAUUGUGUCUUCCUGCUGUGUGUGUGUGUGUGUGUGUGUGUGUGUGUGUGCCUUUGUGUUGGGGAUAUAUUAGGUUUUAUUGUCAGACUCAGGAGAUCUCGGUUCUUUAGAUUUUUCUCUCUGCAGCAGCUGAAGUCAUUUACAGUUUAGACCUGGAUCCAAACCAAAUGUAAAACCAAACCAGAACCAGAACCAGACUUAAAACCCGACCUGACACCAGGCUGUGAUGUAACAUGACAAUCUAACCAAUCUGAUCAGGGAACAUCAUCUCCUUCUGCCUUGCACUGCAUUUCCCAGACUUCUCUGCUGCACUGUUCUAAGAGUCGAAAAGCACAAUUUUAACAAUUAAUGGUUUCUACUAAUCACUUGUAUUGAUGAUUGAUCAUUUGUAUUGAUGAUUGAUCACUUGUAUUGAUAAUUGAUCAUUUGUAUUGAUGAUUGAUCUGCUGAUCUCAGACAUGCUGGAUGUUUUUUUAGCCGACAGUAUUUUUUACUACUGAAACCAGCGUCGUCUCUACACCGGCUGUAAAGUUCCCAUCAUGCACUGCAGUGGGAGUUUUACUGAAUGCAAUAACAGAAUCAGGGAACGUUUUUAAAUCAGUUUCAGUCUGAUUCCAGUUUCUGAUCGUUUCUAAACAACAGAAACUGAAGCCAAAGUUUCUAGAACUAAAUUUAUGAUCCCUGGAGGUCUUCAGGUAAACUGGACCGGUGAAAACCUCAGGACCUGAUCCACUGGUUCCCAGUCUCUCCAGUCUUCCUCAGUUCCAGGUCGAGUCCAGAUCAACUCAAUGAGGUUCUCAGGUUUUUAUUAAUCGGCCAAUCAGCACACAGCUCAGUGAUGCUUGUUGCUAUGGAGACCACAGGUAACCUUCAUCCUCUGACCUGACAAUGGUGUCGAGUUUCUGAGGAGCCCCUCUCUGUACCUGUCCCUGUCUGGGGCGGUCUGGAUCAGAUCUGACUGUCCCCCCAGGGUCUGUCUUAAAUCGAGUCUUCCUUUCAUGGCUCCAAUUGUCUGUGGGUCCUGGUCGGUUUCUUUAGGUCCUGUUUGGACCAGGCUGAUGGUCCCUCUUCUAGUCUCUUGUUGACUGUAAGAUCAGGUCUGAGGCAGUCCUUCCUUGAGUUCCUUUCACCUCGGGUCUGCGUCUUUUUUUGGAUCAGAUUUGGGUCUUCGCUAAAGUUUUCCAUUGGUCAGUUUGGGAUCAGGACCCAAAUCUUGGACCUGUGACAGUUGAGGAUCAGGUCCAUUUUUCUUCAGGUCCAUUCAGUUGUUUGUUGGUACCAUCAGGUCUGGGUCCUGGUCUCAGGUAACUGGGUCCUGAAUCAUUCAACAUGUAACUUCAACAAGUCCAAAUCGAUCCAUCAGAGCCAGAUUCUUCCAGAGUAAUUCCCACCUUCUUUGUCACCUCCAGACAACUGACCAAUCACUGAGAGCGGUGGCUGUGCUGUCAGAGUUAGUGACAGAAAUAGUCAGGUGUAUUGAAAUAAAACAUGAACAGGUUUUUAGCUGGAGAUCCUGAUUUGGAUCAGCAGGUCGUCUGCUGACUGACGAACAGAAACUAGAAUCAGACUGAAAGUUUAACUAAAGUCGAACCUGCUGAACAAACAAAGAGCUGAUCGAUAAAAAAUGAUCAAAACAAUCUGAAACCUGGGGGUUUAAACUGUCUGUGUGUGUGUGUGUGUGUGUGUGUGUGUCUGUCUGUCUGUGUGUCUGUGUGUGUUAGCUAGUCACUAACUUAUUGUGUGUACAUACUGUAAGUCCUAUUUAUACCUAUUUAUCCCAGCUGUGCCUUCACUCUUACAGCUAGGUGGCGCUGUCUGUCUGCUGUGACAGCAGCCUUAUUGGUCAUGUGUCCCAGUGCAUCAUGGGAAGAUAAAUUCAUUUUAAUGUUUAACUCUUAUUGAACCAGGAGGGAAAACAACAAAGCCCUGAAUCAUCUGACACCUGAAAUCGAACUCACACAGUAUAACACUGGAUGCAUGUUACAGAACAGCUAGUGUAGCAUUGAGCUACAUUACAGAACAGUUAGCAUAGCAUUAAGCUGAGAAAAACAGUCUCAACUCAAAGUCCACUUCUCAACUAGUUGUAGUUAGCAUAUCUGCGAUUAGAGGUCUUUGUAUAGAAGAUGUUAUGCUAGGUGCUAACAGCUACAGGAAGUCAUGAAUGUGUAACAUCCUUAAACAAAGAUGGCUCCCAACAGCCUAUGUAAUGUUAGAUAUGCUAGCUGUUUGAAACUAGCUGUUUGUAGUUAACAUAACAUCAGUUAGCUAGGAUAACAUUGUGCUAGCUUUUGUUUACUGGCCUCUUGUUGUUGGUAGCAUCUUUACAUAGCAGUUAGCAUAACGUGGCGUGGCGUUUGAAAUGAGCAGUCUGUAGUUUGUUUGCUACAGUGAGCUCAGUUCAGCUGUUUGUUUAAAACUGAUGAUCGUUAUCAGGAGGAGGAAACACUGAACAAACAUAAACCAGCAGCCACCACACACCCGGAAACAGUGGGUUCAGGUGUUUUGGUUUGAUCGGUUUGAGUUUUAUUGUGAUGCUAUGUUACAGUAGCAUAUCCAUUGUCCUUUACUUAGUUUAACAUUUAGUGAUCUCAGCUGAACCAUCAUGAAGAUUUAAUCCAAACUUAAACAACAGCAAUAAAAAUCAUUCGAUGUGAUUAAAAUGUGACAGAGUUCAGAGUUGAAGGAAAGUUUCACAUGAAGAAACAGUUCAGACUCAAACUCUAGUCUCAGUGAAAUCCCUCAACCUGUUGACGUCUGUCAGGACUCGGUCUGUGAGUCACAAGGUUCAAGGUUUGGAUUCAUGCUGGAGAUUAUCACCUGUGUCUCCAUGGCAACAGUUUGUUGUUUUACCUGUCUGUGUGUUUUCUCUGUACGGAUUUAGUCAGUGUGGACGACACCAACUGUUUGAUUUAGUCUUCACCUGCAAAUCUCCUGUCAACAGCAAAGAGGGACUGAAGACUUAAUGGUCUUUCCAGGACUCUCCCGGACUCUCCUGGACUCUCACUGUUUUUAAGUGUAAAUGGACUCUAACUGAGACUGAACCCACCAGGCAAUAAAGAAAUGACCAGACUGGGACCAUGGACUGAGUCAGACCUGAACCAGGUCUUGUUUUAAACAAGAUGUUAUGUGAAUGAUCUUCCGGCUGAUUGGACGCAGACUUCUCUACGGUUCCUUCUCUUCUUCUGAUAUUUCUGAUUCUUGCUGUUUGAUCUCUCCUCUGUGUUUUUGCCUUGUGUGUUUUGAGCCUGUGUUUGACCCGUAGUUGUAGUUCUCUGAUCAGAUUAGACUUCUGCAUGCGUGUGACGAUGAUGAUGAUGAAGAUUUACGGUGCUUCUUCAAGUUAAUUUUUUUUGUUUUGUUUUUUAAAUAAAGAUGAGAGGUGGGGCUUAAACUCUGCUCCGUCACUGAUGAUGUAUGUCAGUGGGUUUCAGAGGUCAUAGUUUGACCUUUGACCUCCUGAUCUCUGUACAGUUUUCUAAUCUUCUGGAUGUGAUGAAACAGAUCCUCAGCUCUGAUUGGUCGAGCUCUGUUUGUUACCGAGACGUUUUUUCUACAAGGGAAAAAAAACUUUAAUGUGUUUGUAUAAAAUAAAUCCAGGAUCAGCUGCGAUGAAGCACAGACUGCUUUUCUAUCCACUGUGUACAGUUUGCUAACAGUGUGUAAAUGUGCCUGUAAAUACCUGUCUAAGGAUGAUGAUGAUGAGGACGAUGAGUCCAUCUGCAAUGGAAAUGUGUUUUAUUGUGAAGAGGCAGGAGGCCAAACACAAUUUGUAUCAUGUAAAAAUAAAGUUAUAAUUUUAACAGUU